AUAUAAAUCGUAAUCGGAUGCGAUUUAUUCUCAUUUAAUAUCUUAUUUGGCAAAAGCGUUGUCGAGUUAGAACUCAAGUUCUCACUCCUGUUGGUAAUCAAUACAGGAAUUCAGAGCAUCAGACACUCAAUAAAGAUCCCAAAAGCUGCUUGCGCAAUUGGCUCAAGGUAGAGGAAAUGGCGGAGUUUGUUGAAGCAGAUAAUUUCGAAGCCAUAAUCACCAGAAUCGAGCAUAAGUCCCGCAAGAUCGAAAGCUUACUCAAACAGUAUAAACCAGUGGAAGCUCUGAAAACAGCUCUAGAAGGAUCACCUCCCAAGACCAAAGAUGAAAGAUGCAAGUCUGCCAAUUGGAUAGUGGUGCAUAGGGCUAUAAUGGCUAUUAAAGAUGUGGAUAGCUUGUUCUCUGCUUUGGAUCCUGAGUACUAUGAUAUUCUCAUGAAGUACUUGUACAGAGGUUUGUCUACUGGAGACCGCCCAACAUGUGACCAAUGCCUAAGGAUCCAUGAAAAACUAACAGAAAAAGCUGGUUUAGGUUGCAUACUGCGUUGUCUUGCUGACACUGUGAAUACUGUGUAACUAAUACCUGUUUACUAAAGCCGGAUGAACACAGUAUUGAACUUGAUGGGAAAAAAGAGAAGGAAUGCCAUUGAUAGAGAUGAAUAGAUGAAUGUUUACUUUGAAAUUCACUUGUAUAUGUCUUUACAUGUUUAAUUGAAGCUAAGAUUGAGUUCAGCUUGUUUUCAAAGGGUUGCUUCCUCUCUUUAAAUCUGUGUUCUUCUCGAUAUAUAACAUAAGAUCUGUUCCAAGGCUAUUUGAGCUUUCUGCCAUUCCUUUUCUUUCAUAUUUCUGUUGGUGGAUGUAGUUUAUGUGACACUAUCAAGUCAAGGAGAUGUUGCUCCCAAGAGUUCUUCUA